CUUGAGACAGACGCGUUAUCGUGUAAACAUCGUAGUUUUAACGCUCCUUAUUUGGCCGAGAAAUGGCCGAAGCACCAGAGCCUUGCUCCGCAAGCACACCUUUGACUAAGGGGAGACUUCAACGCUAUUUCAACAGACGAAAUAUCCCGUGGGCUUGCAGCGAACGAUCGGAAGGAAUUACCCUCGAGUUGGAUGUAAAUACCUUACGCAGAAAUCAAUACACCCUUCGUCUUUUCAUCCCUGAAGACUUCCCUGAUUCAACACCUAAGCUAGCUGUUGUGAAACCAGCCGUUCUCAAACAACGUGACGGCACUUCUGUUCCCUCAAACGCACUGCAAUUUCAAACGCUCGGCCGAUUUCGAACCCAGGAACAUCAGGAAACAUUUCAAGCGAUUUUCGUGCCUUACCCUCCGACAACCUCAGAGCCUGGCGUCUAUAUUCAAUAUAUUUUUAUGAAAGGUGUGGAAUGGCUGAGUGCGUAUGAGGAGCAUCUCAUCACAGGGGAACCCGUGGCAGAAACUAUUCGAAAGUAUGGUCAAGUGAAGUCUGUGGAGCAAAUUUGGUCGGAACCGCAAAAGAGACGUCUGGUACGAGAAUCCUCUCUCUUAGACGAUUGUUUUCCAGGUCCCGAGGAUGCUCAAUGGUCGGGCGAUCGAAAGUCGAUUGAUGUGACGUUUAGGACGGAGAAGGUCUACGUAUUUCGUGUUCAUCUUCCCGAUGACUAUCCGAAUUCCUGUCCACAGCUCGCCAUAGUUUACCCGGAAGUCCUCUUCCAGGUAAACACGCAACCGCUUCCUUUAAACUCCCAAGAAUUCCGGACCCUGGGAGAGAAAGAUGGCGCCUUGACAAUUUGUCAUUUUCGUCCGUCCGAGUGGAAAGACAAUUUGACCAUCGCGAGUAUUGUUAACAAGGGCAAAGUCUGGGUUCACGCCUACGAAAUGUACUUGAAAGGAGACAUGAGUUUCCCGGAUUGUCUUUCCAGCGUACAACAGUGCAGUGAAAACUAAAGUUGUUAUUGCCUCCUUCUAAGAUCUCUAUAUGUAUACUUUAUAUCUAUCUGUGUUUAUGCAAUAUACGAUCUAUGUAAUCUAUUUAUGGGCUAUGUACUCUGCAUGCACUGUCUGUGUAGUAUACCUAGUUGC